CUAAAAUUUUAAGCACCCCAGGAAUUCCAUGGAUGUUAGUUGUUCCGUGUCGCCGAGGCUUUGUGGAGUUCUUCAUACUGGAUUCAUUGCUCCUUUGCCGUCACCUAAAGGUUGUUCCAAUGCUCAUGGGGAACUGCCUGCUGCUGUUCCUCUGGUGCCUCUUAGACAAAAGCUUCGUUUCUCCCCUCCACUCUUCAUCCCAGAGCAGGUUGGGGAAGGAGCAGUACAGGAACAUGAUGGCACAUAGGAAACAUGGCAUGAUGGGAGUUCACAGAGUCAAGAGAGGAUGGGUGUGGAACCAGUUCUUUGUUCUGGAGGAAUACAUGGGAUCUGAUCCGCAGUAUGUUGGAAAGCUUCACUCUGACCUGGAUAAGGGAGAUAGUAUGGUGAAGUACACACUCUCAGGUGAAGGAGUUGGCUCUGUUUUCACCAUUGAGCCAAGGACUGGAGACAUCCAUGCCUUAAGGAGCCUGGACCGAGAAGAGAAGCCUUAUUACACACUGAGAGCGCAGGCUGUUGACAUGCUCACGGGCAGACCAUUAGAGCCCGAGUCAGAGUUUAUUAUCAAAGUCCAGGACAUCAAUGACAAUGAGCCAAGGUUCCUAGAGGGUCCAUACUCUGCCAGCGUCCCAGAGAUGUCACCCGUCGGCUCAUAUGUGACACAAAUAACCGCCACUGACACGGAUGACCCUACUUAUGGAAACAGCGCGCGGAUUGUGUACAGCAUCCUUCAUGGGCAGCCCUACUUCUCUGUUGACCCCAAGACAGGCAUCAUAAGAGUUGCCUUACCCAACAUGGAUAGGGAGGUUAAAGAAAUGUACCAGGUGGUCAUACAGGCUAAGGACAUGGGUGGCCAGCUCGGGGGCUUAGCUGGGACCACAACCAUCAAUAUCACUCUCCGUGAUGUCAACGACAACCCACCACGGUUUUCUAAAAGCAUCUUUCACCUGCGUGUUCUUGAAUCUUCACCUGUGGGCUCGUCGGUGGGGAGGGUCAAAGCUCAUGAUCUGGACUCUGGGAAGAAUGCUGAAGUGGAAUAUAGCAUCGUUCCUGGUGACGGAGGCUCAAUGUUUGAUAUUUACAGCAAUAAGAACUCUCAUGAGGGAACAGUCAUACUGAAAAAGCGUCUGGACUACGAGACCAGAACAGCCUACACCUUUAAAGUAGAAGCUUCAAAUGCAGUUAUUGAUCAUCGGUUCCUACAUUUGGGACCUUUUAAGGACACUGCCACAUUGAAAGUGAAUGUUCUGGAUGUGGAGGAACCUCCUGUCUUCAGCCGGCUGUCUUAUAACAUGGAGACAUAUGAGGACACACCAGUGGGCAUCAUCAUCGGAGCCGUCACAGCUGAGGACCUAGAUGUAGGCAACAGUCCUGUUAGAUAUUCAGUUGAGUGGAGAAAGGACUCUGAAAACCACUUUGACAUUGACCCUGUUGAAGGAACUCUGUCUGUCAGUGAAGCCCUGGACAGAGAGAGAAAUACAGAACACAACGUCACUGUUGUAGCAACAAAAGUUAACAACCCCCUGCUGUCCAGCAAAGUUACUGUCACAAUCAAGGUGCUGGAUGUCAAUGAGUUUCCUCCAGAACUUGCCUUUGUAUACGAGACGUUUGUUUGUAAAAAAGCAAAAGUAGGACAGGGCAGGGACGUCCAAGUUAUAAAAUCUGGUGAAGGUAGAUGGCAACGACAAGCCGGUGGCCGCACAGAUAUCACCAAUAGAAAUUCAGCUGGACCAAGCCCGGGAGGAGGCCAUCCCUCUGGAGGAGUGGGCCCUCACUCCUAUAGGACACUGUAA